AGAGAAAAGGAGUGUAAGAAGGAGAGAAGUGAGUGAAACGGCUUUCACAAAUCAUUUUGUCACCAGCAGGCUCUGGAGAAAGAGAAAGGAGAAAAGAGAGAGUGAGGAAAAAGGAUAGACCUAUUUAAAAAGUAUAUGAAAUAGGCAGAGUGAGUGAGAGAAUGAGUGAGUGAGCACGAGUGUGACACUAAGGAAGUGUAAAGGGGAUUUCAUCGUUACUUGGAACACGUCAACAGGCAUAAACGUGCACAGAGGCACCGAGUGCUGGAGAAAACAAGAAUCCAAGGGAGAGGGUGUGCAACCUGAUCCCCGCGAUCUACUGACAACCAGAGCACUCACGAUUCCUGCAGCCCCCGGCACUGCAGCGCCGCUCCCUCGCAGAUUAGCUGCCUUUGUUUAUGACCUCUUUGCAUCUGCACAACUGUGACUCCACUGAUAUCAAGACGGCCUACCGGCUCCGUUACAUCAGUGGCCAGAAGAACUUUGGGGUAUUUUCCAAGAGGAUCCAUAUUCCUAUCAGUUCCUCCGUUCAUAGAGUGGUGACGGGUGUUUGUGUGUGUGGGUGUGUGAAAAGCAGUGAGUGCUGGACCGUGCUGGACUGUGCUGUCACAAAGUGGUGGGCAAGCUUAAUGACGUCUCUUCACAUGGUUUUGUAGUGGACAACAACUGCUUUGGACGGCUUCUGAUAAAAGAGGCAACGGGAGGGAAAAGGUCUUCAGCACAGAGGCGGCGACAGAAGGGGAGUCUUCAGCUUUCGGCCAGACUCGUGGAGUUGAACAAGCAACUCUGUGUGCAUUUGCCAGCAGUGACAGUACUGGAACAGCACUUCAGAAGGCAGAAUCAGGGAAACAUUGAAAGCGAGCCAUUUGAGCUUGCGUAGUGGACCUGUGUGUGUUGCUGUUUAUUGGCAUCUGAGUGUGGCCCUGGUGAGGUGCAUGUGUGUGUGUGUGUGUGCAUGUGUGUGUGUGUGUGUGUGUGUGUGUGUGUGUCCAGCCUUAGAGUGAGUGUUGGUGUGUAUAGGAGAGAAAGACAGAGCUCAUCUUCUGGCACAGACAGGGUGUGAGUCUCAGACGCACACAAGCUCACUCCAGCAAACGGCUGCUGCCUGAAGCUGCAAUAGAGACAAACAGAGACGGUAUGUGCACUGGGAUUCCCCUCUGACAACACACACAACUCCAGCCUUUCCGGGUGCUUUCCACCACCACUACCAACAUUAUUAUCAUCAUCAUCAACUAUAGCAGGUAGUUGUCCAGCCUCUUUACCAAAUAACACCACCCUGACUGUUACAUCGCUGUCACGCUACUGACAGCAGUUUCACCUCCGUGAUAGCACUCACAUAUUCUCUGACAAAGACAGUUUUGCAACACAUGGCCAUGAGGCUGCUGUGUUUGGGGCUCGCUGUGUUGUGCCUGGUGGCUGCUGCAGCUGGUAUGUCCACCUGUAAGACGCUGGACCUGGAGGUGGUCAAGAAGAAGCGGAUUGAAGCCAUCCGUGGCCAGAUCCUCAGCAAGCUCCGCAUGGCUAAGGAACCUGAUCCUAAAGACGAUGAUGGGAGCGAGGCCAUCCCCGAGGCCAUCGUUUCACUCUACAACAGCACAGUGGAGCUUAGUGAGGAGCGGCAGAACAAACCCAGCCCUGACCCUCUGCCUCAGGACGAGGAAGAGUACUUCGCCAAGGAGGUGCACAAGUUCAUCAUGACAAGGACUGAUAAUGACACGAAGCAGAUGUUCUUCAGCAUGAAGAAGAUUAACCAGAGCAUCGCGGACCACAGGCUGCUGACCCAGGCAGAGCUGCGUCUCCGGAUCAAGAGCCCCACCAUCCAGCCGAACUCAGAGCAGCGGCUGGAGCUCUACCAGGGUCUGGGUGAUCAGGCACAAUACCUGGGAUUCCACAUCAUCUCUAACGACCUGGCUGAUCGCUGGCUCUCCUUUGACGUCACGGAAACCCUCAAAGCUUGGCUGCAGUCUCCUGAGGAGGAGCAAGGAUUUGAGAUGAGGCUGUACUGUGGCUGUAGGAAACCUGAGGAAAACUUACAGUUUCGGAUAUCAGGUGUUAGUAAAAUAAGAGGAGACAGACAUGAUCUUUCUAACAAUAUGGCCAAGCCGUAUAUUCUCGCUAUGUCUGUCCCUGUUGACAGCCACAGCCAUGCCUCUUCACGCAAAAAACGGUCAACUGCUGGUGUGGAAACUUGUGACGAAAAAACAGAGACCUGCUGCAUGCGGAAGCUUUACAUCGAUUUCCGCAAUGACCUGGGCUGGAAGUGGAUACACAAGCCCAAAGGAUACUAUGCCAACUACUGCAUGGGUUCCUGCACCUAUAUCUGGAAUACGGAGAACAAAUAUUCCCAGAUUUUAGCCCUGUACAAACACCACAACCCUGGUGCAUCUGCCCAGCCUUGCUGUGUGCCUCAUGUCCUGGACCCCCUUCCAAUCCUGUAUUAUGUGGGCCGGCAACACAAGGUGGAGCACUUGUCCAACAUGGUGGUGAGAAACUGCAAGUGCAGCUAAAGCUGCAGAAAUGUUCUCCUUCAGCUCCCAUCAUCACUCUCUCUCUCUCUCUCUCUCUCUCUCUCUCUCUCUCUCACACACACACACACACACACACACACACACACACACACACACACACACACAUACUCAGAGAGUUUCCCUGAGGGAGACCUGGAGAAAGAAGAGCAGAGUGGACUGGAAAUGUACAGGAUUUAAAAAAAAACAGAAGUGAAGAGAAGAGAAAGAGAUGAAAAGGUGGAAACCCAGUGUUAACACACUGCUGACUACUUUGACUUCUCACUCACAUUUCAUUUUUCAUCUUCAGAUGUUCUCUCUCUCUCUCUCUCUGUGAUAUCACCAAGGACAAUAUAUCAUACUACAUACUAUACUUCAGUGUAAAAUGCGGUUUUGUUUGCUUUUUGUACAAAUCUUCUCUACAGUGAUUUUUUUUUUAAUUUAUUUAUUGUUGUGGGUAAGGUUGAACGUUGCAUUGUAUUGUGUCUAGUUGAAGAUGCUGUCAGGAAGCACACAAACAGGGUUUGGAGGAACAUCUGUCUCAACGUGUUCCUCAGAAAGCUGUUCAGGUGGACACAGAACAGUCAGAUACUUUUCAUGUGUAUUGGAGGACAGCAGUGGUUGACAUCAAUGAAUCUACAUUAGAAACAAAGCAAAAGAGACCCUGAGAAACCUUGUGUCUGAGUGUGUGAGCACAUGUGUAAGUCCAUGUGUGAGCCUGUAUCUAUGUGACCUUGCUAUCCCUGAUCCCCAGUACCACCUAAUCCUUCCAGUGAUUAUUCAGAGGAGAAUUCCCUGACUGGAAGGGUCUAGUCACUCUCAUUUAUUUUGCUUAUCCACAUUCUAAUUGCCUUGUGUGCCAUGUAGCCCUACUGUGUGUAUGUGCAUGUGUUUGUAUGAUGAACCUACAAAGAUAAAUUGUGUCCAGAUCCUCUCCAUGUUUCCUGCUUGGGGCAGUUUUCUGAGAGUCACAGCCAUGGAUGGGGAUGGGGCAUACACAAGAUUAGACUAAAUGUGUCCUCUCGGAAAAUGACAUGGUGGAUAAUAGGAACCUUAAGGUGCUGUGCGUCCGUUUCCCCCAAAGGCAUCCCUUCCAUCAUGGAAAAGCUCCUCCUCUUUAGUCCAGCCUGUGUUGGCAUGUGUGGGUGUGUUUUGUUCACUGUGGUGAGGGAAGUUGUCUGUGCUCUGGGUUUGUCCUUGAUGUGUUCACAUGUUUAGGUGUUUACAGUGACAACCUCAUUUUCUGCUCACUGCCAACAGAAAUCGAGGAGGCAAGAACUGCAGACUGUUCUGUUGGUUUUGAGCAUGUACAUAUUACUUAAACACCCAACACACUGUGACUGAAUCAGAAAGACAAUUUAGAACAUCUUUUGAAAGAUAAAAUAGUCUUGUUUGCAGAUUAAUAUUUUGUUGUAGUGUUUUUAACAUGUAAUUGCUAUUAGCUGUGAAUGUAGAAAAAUGGAAACUAUUUGAUGGUUGUAUUUGUUUAACCCUAUUCAUUUCAAAACUGAGGAGUCUUCACAGAGAUAUUAUGUUCAUCCACAAUGAGUUUUGGUUUUAUAUUUGCACUUAUUUUAUUCCAUUUUCUCUCAACACAGUUAAAAUAAACCAAAGUUUUUACCAGUUUGAUGCAACCAGAAAAUUAAAAAUGUCUGUAAUGUUGGUUUUA